AUGUCCCAUGAGACACUGGCAGUCGAAGAAGGUGUGUCGGAACAGACCGAAGUUGAAACUCCAAAUAAAGUGGAGGCGGCCUUGAUGAACGCACCCGACACUCCGUCACACGAGGAUCCUUCGCUCCAAAUACGCUUCUCCGCGAUGAAGCCAAAUCCUCGUCCAACGAAACCAUUGCAAUUAGGCUCGCCCGUUACCAUCCUCGAUGCCUCUCGAAAAGAUCCAUUUUCAAGUCUGCCGAUGGCCUACGAUCGGGAGGAUCUAGACUUGGCAGACUAUUGGACGAGCAAACUGACCUACUGGUCUGGCCAAAACCCAUAUCUCAAGAACCAGAUUUUCCGGACCGCAAUGGGCCAUCCUCUCACGUUCCAAGCGGUCAUCCUAUCAUACUGUGCGCGAUGGAAAGCGCAGCUAUACGGUCUGUCCGAUAGCAAGGAAAUCCAGCACCAUGUCGGGCAGGCCAAAAAGUUGAUCGAAGAUGCCGCCGCCACGGGGUCCACGCAGGUGAAGGAAGACAACUUGGCCAUGGCAUUGGCCGGGAUGGCCCUGCAGGAAGAGCGAUUUGGGAGCAAGGAGAGCGCUCAGAAAUACGCCGACUGGGCCGUUAAAAUCAUGCGGCCGCGGACCGGAACCAACAUGCCGGUGGAAGCUUUCCUACAAUACGUCCGGUUUAUCAUGACACCACCGCAAAGCACGACGAUCGCCCCCGCCGAGCGGCGGUGGCUAGUGACCUUUCUCCGUGGCGCAGAAGAUCUGAUGCGCAAGCAGAGCACGGCGGAGUACCUCAUCCGCGUACCUCCCCGACGCGAGGCCUUUGAAAUGGAGAGUCCCCUAUUUCCGCUACUCUCCAGCGGCCCGCGCCCCUCACAAGUCCCGCAUGCGUCGCGCAUGUAUGUAGUCCGCGACGACCGGACGCAAGAAGUCAGCCGCACAGCGGCGCUCAUCUACAUCACCGCGGCGCUGUGGGAUUUCCAGGGGUCGCCGGAAAACACCGGUCGUUUUCUGCGCUACCUGUGUACAUUGGUACGCGAACAUCAUCUUGAUCGGUACCCGGCCUGCGAAACGCUGGUGUGGCUGCUGCUGGAGGAAGGGUGCGAUUCCGAUCUACGAAACCCGGAGCGUGGAUGGUCGACGGGGGAGCUGCUCAAGACGCACAAGCAGCUUCGGCCGGACCUCCAGUUCCAUUUUAAUGAGAUUCUCAUGAGCCUUUUGACGCUGCGCUCGCCGAUUCGUGGCAUUGAUGUUUUUGAAGAGGAAUUGGAGCUGGGGACUGUUGGUCCGGCGUAG